UCCGGAGGGGCCGGAGGGCGGGCGAGGGCGUCACGUGCGCGCCGCCCGCGGGCCGGUUGGUCCCCGGGCGGGGGAGGGGCCGUGGGCUGCCUGGGUCCGGGUCGGGCCAGGGUCGGCACCUGGGACAUCCCCGAGGGAAGGGCCGGGAGCAGGAGCGCCCCAGCGGCGGGCGGGCGAGCAGCGCCAAGUCGGCCCGGGGCGCGCGCCGAGGAAGCCCCGCCGAUCCCGGGUCCCCGGGCCUGGGGGCACCGCCCGCGGGCUCUGCGGGGUGGGCGGCUCCUGGGCCUGCCAUGAGCUCUCCGCCGCCUGCCCGCAGUGGCUUUUACCGCCAGGAGGUGACCAAGACGGCCUGGGAGGUGCGCGCCGUGUACCGGGACCUGCAGCCCGUGGGCUCGGGCGCCUAUGGCGCGGUGUGCUCGGCGGUGGACAGCCGCACCGGCGCUAAGGUGGCCAUCAAGAAGCUGUAUCGGCCCUUCCAGUCCGAGCUGUUCGCCAAGCGCGCCUACCGCGAGCUGCGCCUGCUCAAGCACAUGCGCCACGAGAACGUGAUUGGGCUGCUGGACGUAUUCACUCCUGAUGAGACCCUGGAUGACUUCACAGACUUUUACCUGGUGAUGCCGUUCAUGGGCACCGACCUGGGCAAGCUCAUGAAACAUGAGAAGCUGGGCGAGGACCGGAUCCAGUUCCUCGUGUACCAGAUGCUGAAGGGGUUGAGGUAUAUCCAUGCUGCCGGCAUCAUCCACAGAGACCUGAAGCCUGGCAACCUGGCUGUGAACGAAGACUGUGAGCUGAAGAUCCUGGACUUUGGCCUGGCCAGGCAGGCAGACAGCGAGAUGACUGGGUAUGUGGUGACCCGGUGGUACCGGGCACCCGAGGUCAUCUUGAAUUGGAUGCGCUACACGCAGACGGUGGACAUCUGGUCUGUGGGCUGCAUCAUGGCGGAGAUGAUCACAGGCAAGACGCUGUUCAAGGGCAGCGACCACCUGGACCAGCUGAAGGAGAUCAUGAAGGUGACAGGGACGCCUCCAGCUGAGUUUGUGCAGCGGCUGCAGAGUGAUGAGGCCAAGAACUACAUGAAGGGCCUCCCCGAGCUGGAGAAGAAGGAUUUUGCCUCCAUCCUGACCAAUGCAAGCCCUCUGGCUGUGAACCUCCUGGAGAAGAUGCUGGUGCUGGAUGCGGAGCAGCGGGUGACAGCAGCCGAGGCACUGGCCCAUCCCUACUUCGAGUCCCUGCACGACACGGAAGAUGAGCCCCAGGUCCAGAAGUAUGACGACUCUUUUGAUGACGUGGACCGCACGCUGGAUGAAUGGAAGCGUGUUACUUACAAAGAGGUGCUCAGCUUCAAGCCUCCCCGGCAGCUGGGAGCCAGGGUCUCCAAGGAGACGGCUCUGUGAAGAUCUCUGAACUCCAGGGUGGCAGUGAGGACCACCUUCACCUUCCACCUGAGAGGGGACCCUCGUUGCCACCUUGACCUUGGCUGGGGCUUGCAUCCCAAGGCAUCCAUCGGAGCAGACCCCUGGGUUCCGUGGAUCCUCCUCCCCAUGGCCGUGCCUCUGCUCUCGGGCGCCCAUCCUGGAGGAGCACCUGAACUUUCUGGACAGGACCUCUGGCCGACCUAGGGAUGGCCUCUGAUGCCUGGAACCGGGGCCCCCUUGCCCGGUGCCCUCAGAAACUUCAGAGCUGGUGGGGCUCCAGGUCAGGCCCUGGCCUCUGAGCCCUGCCUGCUCUGGGCCAUGCGGAGGAAGAACAGAGGGUGGGCGCAGGGCACCAACUCAGGGACAUCCCCUCUCCUGGGCGACGUCAGUGGACCUUCCUGCACCCCCUGCCUGGAAUGUAAAUCAGCUGUGUGGCGCCCACGUGGCUGGAAUGAAAUAGACCCUUUUGUAGCUCCCUG